AUGCUAUUCAUAUUCAUUCAUAUUAUUGUCUCACUUUGUUUUGGAAGUGGGACAUAUUGUAACGACCCUAAUAAUAUCACAGUAUUAAUUGAAGAACAACCUUUAUCUUGUGAUAGAAAUGGAUGGAAAUGGGGAACGUGGAAUGAGUUAGAAUCAACAUAUGAAUCAUAUGGACUAAUUCAGAGUGACAUAUGUAUGGAUCAAAUUUCAAAUGCAUGUGAUGGUUUCAUUUUUGAUCAAUGUGAAGAAGAAUUAACAAUUAUUAAUGAAAAAUGGUCAGGUAAUAAAUUUAUUACUAUUGUCAAAGGAACUUCUCUAAAAACACUUAUCAUUGAACAACGAAAUACAGAAGCGAAAUUUUGGAUUCAUUCAUUUUCAUCAGAUUCAGUAAGAAUUAUUUUUAAACAACCAAAUAGAUCAAAUAAACCUAUUGUAUUAACAACUACAUCUCCUCUUUAUUUUCACACCGACAAUCAACCAUAUUUGGAUAUUAAAACUAAAACAUUUCCAAGUGCUUUUCUUGAAGUUACUGGAUAUCCUUGGGUAUUUGUAAGUAGUUAUGAUCAAAAUCAUCCAUUACCAACUAAUACAAAUGCUAUUUUUAUAGGAGAGAAAAGUGUUCAACCUUGUUACUUUGAAAAUAUGGGUAAACAACCUCAACAAUUAUGUAAUAUGGGAGAUAUGUUACGAUAUGGAUAUACUGAAGGUUCUGAUUGUGGUUGUGUAUUAGAGAAAGACAUUCAAUACAAUUAUAAUGAUUGUUUAUAUUAUCAUGAAUAUUUUAAUUUAAUUGUUAAUAAAGAUAAUUUAACAGCAACAAAUACAUGGAAGAAAUUAAUUAUUCAAAAAGAAUAUAUUCAUCUUAUAAUUUUUAAUACUCUAAUUAUUAAUCAAUGGGAAUCAACUCCAACUAUAUUUAUUGGUAAUUUAGAAAUUGGUACAUUAACAUAUUCAAAAUUAUGUUGGUUUGAUUCAAUCAAGAUUGGUUCUUUGUCUAAUACUAAACUCAGUGUAAACUCAAUUCUCUUUUAUGCUAAAAAUAUUGUUUCAUUACCUUCUACAUUAAAACAAAGUCAUUGUGAAUUAUAUCAAGGGUAUGAUCGAAUUGUUUCUUCAGAAUCAACUUUUCUUUGUUAUUGUACUCCAACUGAUUCAACAUUAACUUCAUUUAAAGAAUGGGAUUGUCAAAAUACUUCUUCAAAGAAUCUAAUGGUUACUAAUGACAUUUUUCUUAAACAAACAAUGAAAUGGAAGAAUGUGUCUGUUGAGAAUUCGGUUAAUAUUAACAUCAGUGAUGGAUAUCAAUUAAUUGCAGAUAUGUUUAUUUGUAAGGGAAAAGUUCAUGUUGAUGGAGAAACAAUAUUUUAUAGUUUGUAUAUAACAAAUGAAUGUCAAUUAAUUUUUUCUGUUUUUCCAAAUAUUUCUAAUGUGGUUAUGGAUAAUCAAAAUGCAAUUGUCUUUAUAGCUCCAUUUUCAGUAUCAGUUCCAGAAGCUAUAGAAAUAGGAUGUUCAAUAAAUCCACAACAAACAAGAUAUUUGAUUAAAGGAAAUCAAAUUGGAUGUGGUUGUUCUAUUCAAAGUUCUUCUGAUAAUGAAAUAGAGCAAUGGGAUUGUUUAUUGAAUCCUAAUGUUUAUAGUCUUUAUAUUAAUACAACAAAUAAUAUUACUAUUAAUUAUUCAUGGAAAGAGAUUCGAUGUAUUGGUUCUGAAUCAACUUUAUUAUUAAAAAGUAAAUCAACUAUAGUAGCUAUGGGAAAUAUUCAAGUCUAUGGAAAUUACAUUACUUUAUUAAAUAUAACAGACAAAUAUAAGGUGUCUGUUUGGGACACAUCAAUAGAAACUGUCAUUAUGCCAGAUGAUUGGUUUUAUAUUUCAAAUUCUAAAUUAACAAAUCCAACAAACACAUUUAGUUCAUGUAAAAUAAGUCCAUUUAGAAUUAGUUAUAGACUAACUUCAAAAUGUGAAUGUUCUUCAAGUGAUAAAAUUUUAAAUUUAACAAGUAAUUAUAACUUAUGGGACUGUGGAUAUUAUUCUAAGUCACGAGAUGUUCUUAUACAAGAUGGAGUUGAAAUACAAAGUGAUUGGAAUAAAAUCAUUCCUAAAGGUGAUAUUUCAUUUUACUUAAAUACAGUUCAAAUAAAUACCAUCCAAUGUUUGUUUAACCUUAACAUUUUUGGUAAUAACUCAUUUAUUAUACUAAUGCAAUAUGGAGACAUUAUUCCACAAAUUAAAAUUGAUGGAAAUGUUCAAAUUUCCAAAAUAGAUACAAUGUUUAAUAUUACUAACCAAGUACUUUUCUUAUCUUCUAUAAAACAGCCUAUUCCUUUCUAUUCCAAUUGUUUUAUAGAAGAUAAAUAUUACAGAAUAUCAUUACAACAAAUUGGUUGUGAUUGUGUAUGGAGUAAUUCAACAUUUGGUCAGUGGGACUGUUUAUUAUAUUCUCCUUAUUUGUCUCUUAUUAUUAAUUCAGAGUCAAUAUACGAAGGUCCAGAACAAUGGGAUAUGUUAAUAAUUACAAAACCAAUUGUGUUAACAACACUCUUUCUUAAUGUAACAAGUUUUGAACCAAAAUUUGAUUUUAAGCUCAAUGGGAGAAUGGAGAUUACUACAUUGGUAAUUAAUGACCACAAUCCUUUUCUUAACUUUGGAAAUGAUAUUGUCAUUAAUGAGGUUAUUACUACACUAGAUUCUACAAAGGUUCUUUUUGUUGGUAUUUUAUCUAAUGAGUUACAAACUGUUUCUCUUCAGUGUAAAGGAACAUUAAAUAGAUAUACGUUGGUAACUAACAAAUCUAUUGGUUGUGACUGUCAAAGAAAAGGUGAUGUUUUUGUACAAAACGAUUGUUUAGAAUUCAGUACUGAAAGAACACUUGUCAUUAAUAAUAAUGUAUUUACUAUUGAUACUCCUGUAAAAUGGAAAGAAAUUGACAUUAGAACAACUGAAAUAACUCUUAUAAAUGGAAAAGAAAUGACUGUUGGUUAUUAUAAACAUAAAUCACCUGUUAUAUUUGAUAUUAAUAUCAGGAUUGAAACAUUAGACUUUUCUUACAAUCCAGAAAGAGUUGAAUAUCUGAGGUUUUCUCAAAAGAGUAUCAUUAAAGACUUGAUUACUACAAAUGUUAAUAAUAAUGCAAUAUUAUUUAUUGCAUCAAACAGUACUUGUGAAAUAAUUUCUGAUCUUAUUGGAAUAGUGUGUAAUGACAAUAAUUAUUCAAGAUUUGGGUUUAAGAAUAAUAGUAUUGGCUGUGACUGUAAGACAAGUUUAAUUAAUGAUUCAGACACAUUUGAUGUAUCUGAUUGUUUUUAUGACCAAGCAGAAAUAACAAGGAAUUUAGUUGUGAUUGGAAAAGAAUUGAGAAUAGAAAAAAAUAAUACUCAUUGGAAUAGUCUUUUGUUUACAGAUUCAACUACAACAAUAAAUGGAAAUUUAUUUAUUUCAUUUAAUAAAUGUGUGUUUGAUGAUCUUGAUAUUAUGAUUCAGACACCUAUAAAAUGUAAUAAUAGUAAUGUAAAUUCGAAUUCUCGUAUAUAUUUAAAUGAACUAAUGAUUAUUGAUAAAUUAAAUAUGCAGUUAAUUAGUAAUAUAAAUAAAGAAGUUAUUUUUCAAGAAAAGGGAAUUGGUAAAAUGAAUGUUAAUAAAAUUGAAAUAGAUCCUCAACAAAUGGGAUGUUUUGAAUUACUUUCAUCUAAAAAGAUUAGAAGCGUUAUCGAAACAAUACAAGAAAAAUACAACCAAAUAAAGUUAAGUAAUGAAACAUUAUUGAGAAUUUGUCCAAUAAAUGAUAUUAAUUAUGAAGUGUCUUGUAAUAUUAAUUCUAAAUGGUUUAACUCAACAUUUAGUAUAAGUUAUUGCCCUUGCCAAGGGAAAGAGUGUUAUUUUAUACCACAGAAUGAACUUUAUAUGAAUUGUGAAAAGGUUCAACUUAAGUUAGAGUCAAAUCUUAUUGUUUACCAAAGUGGAAUCAUAACAAUGAAAUCAAACCAUUUCAAUGUUUCAUUAAAUACACUAUGCUCAAAUAAUAUAAUCACUUUCGAUGAUAUUGACUUAUUAGAAAUACACCAAUCAGAAAUACAAACUAGUUUAAAAGGAAAUUUGAUUAAUACACUUAAUGUUACAAAUCCAAUUAAAAUCCUAACAGAUAUCAGUAUUAACAAAUUAAUAUUUAAUAAUAAUACAAUCUCUCUCAUAGAAACUGUUAAUCAAAUUCAACUUAAUUCAAUUACUUCAGACUAUGACAUUCAAAACGAAGUUUUCUCUAUUAACCCAUCUCCGAAUCAAAUUUAUUUUAAUUUAGAUCCUCGGAUUAAUAUUACAAACAACAUCAUUAUAUUAGUUAGAGUUGGCUCAAGAAGUAUUAAAAGUACAUUCCCACUUUCAUGUGACAAGCGAGUUAUUUUACUUGGUGCUGAAGACAAUGAAAAUAUUUGUAGAAAACUCAAUUUGAUUCAACAAUUUUGUUAUGUAACUGGUAAUUAUUCUUAUGUAGAUAUUAAUGGUUGUCCUGAUUAUUCAUGUCCCUGUAAUACAGUUAGUCCUAAUUGUACAGUAACAAUUAAAUCAAGUUAUUCUAACAAUGUUUAUUCAUUGAAUGGAGUUAAUCCUUCAACAUUAGUUAUUGAAAAGAAUAUCAUAAUUACUGAUAUUAUUAAAAAAACUAUAUCAAUUGAACAAAAUGUUCAAAAAUUAAUAUUAAAUACAACACACUCCACUCUUUCAUUUAAUACGUUAGACACACCAGUUAAUGUUUAUUCUACUGAUGGUACAUUAAUUUUAUCAACAAAUCCUUUAAUGUAUUCUAUUCUCAAAACUGGAAGUAGUAACUCAUUUUUGAUUGAACCAAAUGGAAAUUGUUUUGUUCAAUAUUUUGCUGAAACAACAAACUGUCUAAUAUGUGAUGAGUCACAUUAUUACAGAAAUGAGAAUGGAACAUGUUCAACUAUUGAACCCAUUGACCCAUUAUGUAUCUCAUAUGGUUUUCAUUGUUAUCAAUGUAGUUCAACUCAUUAUUUGGAAAAUGGUAUUUGUAAAGAAUGUUCAAAAAAAUUUGAAUUUUGUAAUACUUGUAAUUUCACUCAAUGCCUCAGUUGUAUGACUAAUUAUUCUUUAAAUACAAUGAACAAUUGUGUCUUGUCUUCAUCAUAUGAUUUAUGUGAAUGGAAAACCAGUGUUUGUAUGAAAUGUGUAGAUGGAUAUCAAUUUGAUGUAUCUUCAGGUAAUUGCAAACCAUGUCCAUCAAAUUGUUUAGUUUGUGAUAAUAACACUUGUAUAUUAUGUGAGAAAAAUACCACAUGGGAUGGGACUUCUUGUAUUAAUUCAAGCUCAGUUGAGUUAUAUAUUUAUGGAAAACAAUCAAAAUGUCAAAAUGGAUAUAUAUCUAUUGAAGGAAUCUGUCACAAUUGUUCUGAACGUUAUAGUCAUUGUUUAUUAUGUGAUGAACAGAUGUGUCAUCUGUGUGAAGAAGGUUAUGUUAUUCUUUCAAAUGGUCAAUGCAUUUCUAAAGAACAAUGUCAUUGUUUAGAAACAACAAACAAAUCACAAUGCUACCAAUGUGAAGAAGGGUUUUAUUUAAACAAGGGUCAAUGUACAAAAUGUAUUGAUGGAUGUUCUUAUUGUUUAAAUGAAAAUACAUGUGAAAAAUGUUUAUCUGAAUUUAUUUUAGUUGGAGGAUUAUGUGAGAAAAUAACAACUGAAGUGAUGAAACAAACUCAUUGCGUCGAAUAUAAAAAUGGACGUUGUUCACUUUGUGAAACAAAAUAUUAUUUAGAUGACUCAAUGAAAUGUGUUAAUUGUCCAGAUAAUUGUACUUCUUGUACAUCACAAGGGUGUAUCAGUUGUGAUCAAGGAUAUAUUGUUCAAUCUUAUUUGUGUAUAUACUCCAACCAAACACAUUGUCUAAUACCAUUUUUCAAUGAUGCAGGUUGUGUUAUAUGUGAAGAUGGUUAUUUUAUUAAUAAAACAACCUGUUCAAGUUGUAAGGUAUUUGGUGAAUGUGCCCAAUGUUCUUUUUCUGGAUGUACUAAUUGUAAUGAAGGAUAUUAUCUUAAUGGAGUGAAAUGUUCUCCAAUUUCAGAGCUUGAACAUUGUUUAGAAGUUGAUUAUACUGUUGGAUGUAUUUUAUGUGAAAAUGGAUAUAGAAUUACUCAAGACUCUCAUUGUACACCAUGUGAAGCUAAUUGUGAACAUUGUACUUCGAUACAAUGUAUUAAAUGUAAUAAAGAAUAUGUUUUAAAUAAAAAUGAUAAACAAAAAUGUGUUUCUAUUUCAACUAUUGAACAUUGUAUUACAUCAGAUGGUCAAGUAUGUACUAAAUGUUCAUUCUUUUAUCAUAUUAAAAACAAUAAUUGUACUGUUAAUAUUAUUACAGUUAUACUUAUUAGUUUGAUUAUAUUUAUAUCAAUUUCAGCAAUAAUAUUAGGUAUAAUUAUAUACAUUGCUAUUAAAAUUAAUAAAUAUAAAAAAAAUGAUUUGUCAAGUGGAUAUAUUAAUAUUGAUUCUGGAUUAAACAUUUUUUCAAUAAGAUAUUCUAAUAUUCAUUUUAAUAAAUUUAAUAAUUAUUCUCCAUUAGUAUUUGAUAAACAAUCACUUUUAUUUGAUGAAGGUCCUGACAGAUUACCCGUAGGUGUAGAAUCAAGAACAGUAUUGUAUGUUGGUAAUGAUUCAAAGAAUAAAAUUUUUAUACAAUUUACUUACAUUGAAACACAAUAUCCUAAAUAUUCAUUAAGAAUAGUCCCACAAACUAUAUGUCUUCCUGAAGGAGAAGCGUGUGAAGUUGAAAUUUAUAUUACACCAUUAUGUUCAGGAACCAUGAAUGAUUCAAUUGUUAUUAUUUCUAAUUCUUCACAUAAAAAAUAUAAAAUGAAUGAUAUUAUUUCAUUCAGUUAUACAACACAAAGGUCUACUCAUAUUGAUUAUGAUGAAUUAAUAGAAGAAAAGAAAAUAGGAGAAGGGUCAUUUGGAAUUGUUUAUCUUGGAAUAUUUAGAGGAAAUAAAGUUGCAAUUAAAAGAUUAAAACAAUUACAAUGUGAAGAAGAUGAAUUAGAAGAAUUUGAAAAAGAAAUUGAUAUGUUAGAUAAGUUUAGGUCAGACUAUAUUGUUUAUUUCUAUGGAGCAGUAUUUAUUCCAAGUAAAAUGUGUAUUGUUACUGAAUUUGCAAAGUAUGGGUCAUUACGAGAUUUGAUGAAAAAUAAAAAUUUACGUUUGAAACCUCGAUUAAAAAUUAAAUUUAUGAUAGAUACAGCAAAAGGCAUUCAAUACCUUCAUUCAAAUGGAGUUCUUCAUCGUGAUAUUAAACCUGAUAAUAUUUUAAUAUUUUCUUUAGAAGAAGGUGUUGCUGUUAAUACAAAGUUAACAGAUUUUGGAUCUUCAAGGAAUUUUAAUUUAUUAUUAACAAACAUAACCUUUACAAAGUCAGUUGGAACACCUGCUUAUAUGGCUCCGGAAAUCUUAUGUCAAUCAAAAUAUGGAACUCCUGUUGAUAUAUUUUCUUUUUCAAUUGUAUUAUAUGAAAUAUGGAAAUGGGAUAAAGCAUAUCCAGUUGAAGAAUUUAAAUUUCCAUGGAAAAUUGCUGAUUUUGUUUGUGAUGGAAAAAGGUUAUUACAACCUGAAGGUAUGCCAGAUUGGUGUUAUAUUCUUAUUUGUAAAUGUUGGCAAAAUAAUCCACAAGAAAGAUUAAAUAUAAAUGAAAUAAUGCAAGUAUUAAAUUUUGCUUUUAAUACACUCUUCAGUGAAGAUUAA